GAUGACAUCUUAAUCCCUGAAAAGAUUUUCAUCCUGGAGGAGACUGUGCGGGAGGAGGCAGAGGAGGUACAUGCACAUCCAUGUUAUUUCUAAUUCUAUUGUUUAUUUCAAGACCCAAUCUGUCAUCCCUGAGGCCAUUUUGGAUAUAAAAUGGACAACAUACUGUAUAUGCAGAGAUUCUUGAAUAUAACUAUAGCUUAAUAGAUGCCUUAAUUGUUUUCUACCAAGAGGAAAGAACGGUUAGUACAGCAUGCCAAACUGACCUCUGGGUGCCAGAGUGUUCCUGUGCUGCGGUGGAGAAGAGGUAUCCUGGGACCUUCACUAAAGAGCUCGAGGCCCAGCUAGAUUGCGCUCACGACCAUCAGUAUACAACCGAGUCCUGCCCCUAUACGCCACAGAUGGAGCUGACGGAGAAUGAGAUCAGUGAGGACCAGGACUCGCUGUAUGAACCUGAGAGCUCAGAAUCACAAUCAUCACAAUGCGAGCCAAGAGAUACUAUCGAAGAGUGUGUGCAAGAUCCAAAAUACAUAGUCUUUGAUAGCAUGCUGAAGGAGUUGUUCAAUGUCUGCCAUUAG